GCGGCGGCCGCAGGAGGCGGCGGCGCAGCGGGUCGGAGGCGCCGGGCCCUCGCGGGGCCCGGGUGGAGGCGACGGCAGCAGCGCCGCGGGAGGAAGAAUCGGCCGUGGAGAAGGGCGGCGUCCAUGCAGCCCGCCCGCGCCUGUAGGAGAAGGCCAUGAACAGCGACCGGACCGAGAGCGACUGGCAGGGGCUGGUGAGCGAGUACCUGGUGUGUAAAAGGAAACUGGAGAGUAAAAAGGAAGCCCUGCUAAUCCUCUCCAAGGAGCUGGACACAUGCCAGCAGGAAAGGGACCAGUACAAACUAAUGGCCAAUCAGCUUCGAGAACGCCACCAGUCCCUGAAGAAGAAAUACCGGGAGCUGAUCGAUGGAGAUCCGUCACUUCCUCCUGAAAUGAGGAGACAGGCUAAUCUUGCCCAACUAUUGCGAGAUUCUCAAGACCGAAAUAAACACCUGGGAGAAGAAAUUAAAGAACUUCAGCAAAGGCUUGGAGAAGUCCAGGGUGACAAUAAGCUCUUGAGGAUGACAAUUGCCAAACAGAGGCUCGGAGAUGAAGAAAUUGGUGUGCGGCACUUUGCAGCUCAUGAGCGUGAAGACUUGGUUCAGCAGCUGGAGAGAGCAAAGGAACAGAUUGAGUCUCUGGAGCAUGACCUACAGGCCUCUGUGGAUGAGCUUCAGGAUGUGAAAGAAGAACGGUCUUCCUACCAGGACAAAGUGGAGAGGCUCAACCAGGAGCUAAACCACAUCCUGGGUGGGCAUGAGAACCGUAUCAUUGACGUGGACGCCCUGUGCAUGGAGAACAGGUACCUUCAAGAGAGAUUAAAGCAACUUCAUGAAGAGGUCAACCUCUUGAAAUCUAACAUUGCCAAAUACAAGAAUGCUCUCGAGAGACGGAAAAACUCAAAAGGCCAGGGUAAAUCUAGCAGCAGUGCUCUGACUGGCGUCCUCUCUGCAAAACAAGUUCAGGAUCUGUUAUCUGAGGAUCACGGAUGUAGUCUCCCAGCAACUCCACAGUCCAUUUCUGAUCUGAAAUCUCUGGCAACGGCCCUGUUGGAGACGAUCCAUGAGAAAAACAUGGUCAUCCAGCACCAGAGACAGACCAACAAAAUCCUAGGGAAUCGGGUGGCUGAAUUGGAGAAAAAAUUAAGAACUCUGGAAGUUUCUGGUUUGUGGAGCCUUCCAGGCCUGAGCUACAAUGUUUCAGUAGGAUUUGGGAGGGGCAAGGACACCAUACUCUUCAGCGACCCCACGCUCCCCACCAUACAGAGGUCGCGUUCCCCACUGCUGAAGUUCGUUGAGCAGCCCACUGAGGACAAAGCAAACCCCAAGGAUGGGGAGGUUCAGAAGCAAGGAGGAGAUGAAAGUUGUGCCGCUGCCGACGUGUUGACAGCACCAGAGGAUGCUGGGAGGCCCGCUGUCAACUCCCCAGCAAAUCAGAGCCACGGGAACCAACACAAGCACUUUCAUCCUUCAUUACCCCAGUUACCUUCUGAGGAAGAAGAAGUAAACAGGCUCGGAAGGGAAAUAAUGAAACUGACAGAGGAACAGGCAGCUGCAGAACCCGAAGGGGACGGGAGAGAGAGUCCUGUGGCGGGGCAGAGGAACGAGAUAGGGCUGGCCCAGCUGGGCCUGGCCUCCAAGGGGGAGCUCCCCAAAUCUUGCCAAGACUCCUUUGAGUCCAGCCAGCCAGAAGCCAAAACUUCCACCGUGGAAAAUGGCAAGGAGACCCCAGAGGGUGGAGGCCCACAAAGCGCUCUGAAAACAUGAAGGGGAAAGGGACCUGGCAUGAUGACACGCGGAAUGCCCUGGGGACAAUAAAGAACUACCAUCAGAACCACUCGCAGAAGUCGCUUUCUCCUAAAACACCUCUCAGUCUGCAAGUGAGAAAGACACAGAUCCCGUUGCAAACUGUGAAUAUUCUGAUGAUGCCAGCACAGUUUGAUUUAUUAAAUGCGGGCCUUCAAGCUUCUCAGUGUCAUCUCUUUCUGCCGAAGAUGCACUGCUGUCAGCAUGGCCAGGCACAGAAUUGUGUCCGCCAUAUGGCUGGUUUUCGGCAUCCGUCUUUCUGUCAGCAUUUGUUUUAUUAGAGAGAAGAUGUUAUUCUAUUAGCGUUUAAUGUUGUCGAUCAAAAUUAUGGGAAGAGCUUGAAACGAAUGGGAUUUUUAAUCAGAUCUCUGUCUUUGUAACGGUUAGGCGGCGGGAGAGAAAGGUCUAAUUGAGCGUAAUGGGUCCAGAGGGCCCACCGCUCCACUUCAUCAUGUCAGGGCCUGCUAGGACCUCCCAUCAUGGGUGUUCUUGGCAUCCUGCCUGCGUGUGGUACUGUCUGUCAUGGCACCGACUGGCAGGUGGAAAGGGGCUUAAGCAGGCUCGGAAGGUUGGGCUUCCGGUUUGAAAUCCACGGCCCCUGUUGGAGACCUGUGUGCUGACUGCUGGAGCUGAGUUUUCCAGCCUGUAAUUCUGGAGGAUUAAUCGACCUGGAUUGAUGGGGGCAUAAGAAGGGAGGAAGGGGACUUCAGGGGUGUUUUGGUUUUUGUUUCUGAGCAGAGAUGAGGGCCAGAACCUGGAAAUGCUGCUUCUCUCAUUCAACCUGUGCUGCAUAUAAGGUUCGAUGGCCCUGUGGGGUUGGGGCAAGAUAUAGCUGCUUAAGGCCAAUCCAAUUUUCCAUACCGCCUGAAACCUUGAACCCUUCACUUCCCCAACGGAAUGGUAAGGCUGCAUCCUCUGUGCAGCCAGGAGCAGGGAUUUUAAAGACAAGACACAAAUAACUUUGUUACAGCCUGGGAAGGGGGACUGUGGAACCAAGUACUGGCUUCAAGGGUGGGAAAGGAGGGAGGGUCAGCCCUACCUGGUUCUUUCCUUGGGAAUAAAAUUAGCUUUUCUCAGCCGCUUCUGGCACCACAGAAAGUUGAAGGCUCAUCAAACGACAGAACUUGCUUUGAGCUGAGCUCAGUUCAUUUCCCCAGGACACCUGAUCCCUGAUCCCAAUGCUCAGAACACCCCUGAGAACCAGAAUCAUUCCCUCGAGGGACUCUCCUGCAGGAGAAAGAGAGGCUCCCAAGGUGGGAAGGGUUGAAAAUUCAUCCUCAACGUCGGCUGUUUAUACCGGGCUUGUGAACCCAGGUGUGCAACAUGCACGUAGGUGGUCAGCUCACCCUCACCUUCCCCGCCACAUUGCAUCUCCUGGCAUCGCUCUGCCAGCCGAGUAGGAGCGCUGGCUCCCGCUGAACGAAGGGGAAGUGCAGACCAGAAGGCCCAGUCCUUUCCCACAGGCACACUCCAGCGGCUUUCUUGCCACUCACCAGAGGCCAACCCCACUGGAGGAACGAGAGCAUGCCCGAGUCCUGAUGCCCCACCUGCCCCAGUGCCACCUGCCCCUGCCUACUCGGCCCCAAUGCCUCCUUCCUCCCUCUGUGCUCCAGCCUCUGCCCCCUCCCAGGUUCACCCCCUCAACUUCCCCUCCAGGGAGGCCGCUUCUGCAGCUGCACAGUGUGCACAGCCCAGCAGCCACAGAAAUAACGUUCCUGCUGCACUAGGCCUUAACUGUCUGCACAUGUUCAACACUGCUGCAUAGGACGCCAGAGCCACUAAAGGAAAACACAGCCAGAUUUAAUACAGUAAUAAUAAAAAGAAAACUCUCUCCCCUCAGAAGCUCUGGUUUUGACACACACUCGGCCAGGUGCACAUCUUUAGGGCCCGUUCAUCACCUUCUGUCAAGCAGGGCUUAUAAUAAACUCCAAUGCAUUCUUCCAUCAUGAACAGGAAAGCUGCCGUGAGCGCCAGAGAGCCUGGGGGCAGGGAGGUGGUAGGGAGCAUAACCUCAACUGUGUGCAGUCGGCCUGGGAGGGUUUUGAGUUAUUAGAUGGCAUUGGAGCCAACAAAUUGAUUCUGUCACAUUCCUGUAUGUGACAUUGUCCCACUUCUGCUAUCCCAACCCAACAGGAUUCUUCUGGUCCACAGACAUUAAAGACAGUUUCAGCAAUCACUUACGGUUUU